GCAUGGGCCGGGGGCCCCGGGGCGCGGGCCGCCCGCCUCGCCGCCUGCUGCCGCUCCUGCUGCUGCUCGGCCUGGCCCGUGGCGCGAGCGGAGCGCGGGGCGCCGACGGUUUAGAUGUCUGUGCCACUUGCCACAAACAUGCUACCUGCAAGCAAACAGAAGGGAUGAAGAUGUGUAUUUGCAAGUACGGAUUUGUGGGCAAUGGGAGGACUCACUGCGUUGAUAAAAAUGAGUGCCAGUUUGGAGCCACUGUGGUCUGUGGAAACCACACAUCUUGCCACAACACGCUCGGAGGCUUUUAUUGCAUUUGCCUAGAAGGAUAUCGAGCCACGAAUAACAACAAAACAUUCAUUCCCAAUGAUGGCACCUUUUGCACAGACAUAGAUGAGUGUGAGGUUUCCGGCCUGUGCAGACAAGGAGGACGGUGUGUGAACACUUACGGAAGUUUCGAAUGCUACUGUAUGGAUGGGUACUUGGCAAAGAAUGGGCCUGAGCCUUUCCACCCGACCAGAGACGCCACGUCAUGCACAGAAAUAGACUGUGGCACCCCUCCUGAGGUCCCAGAUGGCUAUAUCGUAGGAAAUUAUACUUCUAGGCUUGGCAGCCAGGUUCGUUAUGCUUGCAAAGAAGGAUUUUUCAGUGGCCUGGAAGAUACAGUUUCAAGCUGCACAGCCUUGGGCACGUGGGACUCCCCAAAAUUAAAUUGCCAAGAGAUCAACUGUGGCCAUCCUCCGGAAGUGCAGCAUGCGGUCCUGGUGGGGAAUCACAGCUCCAGGCUGGGCAGUGUGGCUCAUUACGUCUGUCAAGAGGGCUUUGAAAGCCCUGGAGGAAAGAUCAUUUCCAUUUGCACAGAGAAAGGCACUUGGAGAGAAAGUCCUUUGACAUGCACAGAAAUAAUUGCAGAAGUUAAUGAUGUAUCAGUGUUUAAUAACAGCUGUGUGAGGUGGCAAAUAAACCCAGGAAGAACAGUCUCCAAGAUUAUCUAUGUGAUACACAUAAAAGGACAACGGUUGCACCCUGUGGAAUCAGUUCAUGAGGAGACCGUCAACUUGACCACAGACAGCAGGACCCCCGAAGUGUGCCUAGAUCUGUACCCAGGCACCAACUACACCGUGAGCAUCUUCACCGCCCUGCCCACACGCUCCGUGCCUGCCAUCAUUGGAUUCCAGACAGCUGAAGAUGAUCUCUCAGAAGAUGAUGCAACUUUCAAUAUUUCAAUAUUCAGCGAAGCUUGUUUGAAACUGAGCAGGGGCCCUAGGAAAGCUGGAUCAGAACAAACGUACCAAUUUAAAGUUCUGGGUCAGAGGUGGUAUCUGAAUAAUUUUUAUCAUGCCGCAUCAUUUAACUUCACAACGAGGGAACAAGCUCCAGUAGUGUGUUUAGACCUGUACCCAGCAGCGGAUUACACAGUGAAUAUCACUCUACUGGGAUCUUCUGAGCAGCACUCAGUGCAAAUAACAAUGACAACUGCACCAGCAGUAAAACAGAUCAUCAGUAACAUUUCAAUAUUUAAUGAAACCUGCUUGAGAUGGAGAAGUACAAAAACAGCUGAUACAGAGGAGAUGUAUUCAUUCCACAUUCAGGGCCAGAGAUGGUAUCAGAAGGAAUUUUCCCAGGAAAUAAUCUUUAAUAUCACUACCAGCAGUCAGGCUCCCGAGGUGUGCUUGGACCUGCAUCCGGGCACCAACUACAGUGUCCACGUCCAGGCUUUGUCUUCUGAACUUCCUGUGGUCCUCUCCCUGACAACCCAGAUAACAGAGCCUCCCCUUCCAGAAGUAGACUUUGUCACAGUGCAUGGAAAGCCUCUACCACGUCUGAGACUGAGGAAAGCCAAGGAGAAAAAUGGACCGAUCAGUUCCUACCAGGUGUUGGUGCUUCCCCUGGCCCUCCAAAGCACUUUUUUUUGUGAUUCUGAAGGGGCUACCUCAUUCUUUAGCAACACCUCUGAUGCCAGUGGAUAUGUGGCUGCGGAACUACUGGCCAAAGAUGUCCCAGAUGAUGCCAUGGAGAUAUCUAUUGGGGACAGGCUGUACUAUGGGAAAUACUAUAAUGCACCUUUGAGAAAAGGGAAUGAUUACUGCAUUAUAUUACGAAUCACAAGUGAAUGGAAUAAGGUGAGAAGAUGCUCCUGUGCAGUUUGGGCUCACGUGAAAGAUUCGUCAUUCAUGCUGCAGCAGAUGGUGGGCGUUGGGCUGGGCUCCGUGGCUGUUGUGAUUAUUCUCGCAUUCCUGUCCUUCUCAGCCGUGUGAUUGCAGACGGGCACUACCUGUGGAGGAUGCACGGUGCUGGGGCAGAUGUUAUGGCUGUUUCUCAGGUGCCUGCCUAGACAGAGGCCCCAUGUGGCUUCCACCCAGGUGUGUAUGGGUCCGCAACUUUUUCCAUUCCCAGCUUGGUCCCGUUUCUGGAUUCAGGAUGGUGAAUACCUCUGUGGAAUUCCCCAAAAGGAGGAAACUCAGGAAUUGCUGAUGUCUUCUCUGCUUGCUACACAACCAGUUCUGUGUGUGAACGUGAGACCCUUGAUAUACAAUAUAAUAUUGACCACAGGCCAAAGAUCAUGUGGGCUGGACCCUUGUCUUCCUCUGAGUGAUACCUGAGAGUCAGCUCUUCUGGACAUUGAAUACAAGAGAGUCUCUGCAUCUUCCUUUAUGGCAUCUCUGAAUUAAUUUGGAAUCCAUCCUUUUACAAUGAGCGAUGAGGGGGACUUAAGUUUGGGCUAGAAUUUGCCUUUAUGAAGGAGGUCAUUCAAAAGGAUAGAGCUCUUUGACAGUAGGCAAACUUGUCAAACAUUUUAGAAGCAACCCUUUUCUUACAAUCGAUCGACAUGCUAAUAGUAUACUAACCCGGCCUGACUCCAGUAAGUUCCCUGCAAUGUGUGUUAGGCAGUGUCGCUUUGAUACAGAUCCAUUGGUUUACAGGUAAUCAAAAGCCACAAGUUUUCAUUCCAAUAAAAAUAUUCUGUUAAUUUAGUCAGUUCUUCUCUUCCACACCAAAGUUUAUAGCAGCCUUGUCUACCUUUUUUAUUACUCUCUGAUAUAAAUGACCUGUGCCUUCCUUUAGUAACAAUGGGUUGAAACGUUAUAAAGCCCAUGGCCAGAAUCCAUGUGUUCAUAGGGAAGGGGGAAGAAGGUGAGUGAUGUGUAAUCUUCCCCUUUACCUACAACCUCAAUAACUAUGACUGUUCCUUUAUCAUGAAUCAUGACACAUUAAAUGCAAGCAGCCGUGGGCCCACCGUCAACUUGCUGAAUUUACAGACGGAAUGUACUAGAUUUGGCUUUUAAACUCUGAAUCAGUGUUCUUUAACUUUCUUCUCUAACUGGUGGUGUAAUUCCAAGGCUCAGUAAGAAAUGAAUGGAGAAGACAGAGGCGUGUGGCUUUCCUGAGUAACAAUGGUAUUAUCCCUUUUCUCCCUCUUCUAGGCCUGGAGAAUAAAAAGCAAGGGGGAGGAAACCAGGAGACAGUUAUAUUGUAUAACCUCAGGGCAAGGUGCAUAUGAACGUGGCCCUGGAACUGUGCAGUGUUGCAGUCCUGAGGAAAAGGGACAGUCUUUCUGAUAGGAUGGACUUGUGUGUCCUCUCUCCAUGAGCUUCCUGGGUGUUAGUGAGGGUCAGAUCUGUGUGGUCUGAGCUUGUGUAUUACAGAUGAGGAAACAAUAGGAACAGUAGAAACAGGUGGAAACUGUCUAUGAAGCUGCCCUGGGAGAUCCAGGUCCAAGUAUAUCUCCUCAGUUAGGAAGAGUCAGAGAGAGGGAAGCAAUAUCCUGACACCUGGAUGUUCAGUGACAGCUGUCGGCCCCUGGCCCUGCCGGCUUAGGCAGUAUUAGGAAUAGUUGUCUUUUGUCCUCUGAGGUACUAUCUUGGACUACAACUGCAGAUGAGUGUUUAGAAACUUUCCUGCUC